AAGUUUUUCUUAAGCACGUCUUUCAGUGUUAAUUAGUCUUUGAUCAGGUGGAUGCCAAGCGAGUCCCUACUUUAACCCUUAAAACUGUCAUAUUUUUCUUUAAGUCCUAUACUUCUUUCACCACGACCCUAAAAUGGUUGUGUAUUAUUGCAUAUUAUUGGAUCUUAACCAGUUACACAAAAUUGAUGGGUGAAUCGAUUCAUUAAAAAGAAUCGGUUCAAAAGAACGAUUCGUUCGUGCCCGGCGUCGCUCCACCUUCCUCCCUCAGUUUAAUUCAACUUCAACACCGUUUAAUCUUGACUAGUGUCGAUUGUUAUGUUUUCUUCUAAUAUUAAUUAACAUCAGGGUUAGGAUCAUUUCUGUUUGAGUCAGCUGUACGGUACACAGCACGGAGGUCAAGCGCCAGUGCGCGAAUAUUACAUGCUGCACGGUAGUACAGCUGCAGCCAUGACAUGUCUCUACUCCAUUUUAAACUAAUUUUAUGCGUGUAUAUAUACACCUAGGACCAAAUCUUUACUUAAGAUUACAACUUAGACUUAUACUACUACACUUCUAAAGUCUUCAUAUUAAAAAUUGACUCAAUUCCUUACCGAAAAUCCUAAAUUUUGUUAUAAUAAUGAGUAUAGAAAUGGCAUGGCGGCAGCUGUGGACAUAGAUAUAGUGCUGUUUAAUAUACUACCGUACACCAUGUAAUAUUCGCGCACUCGCAAUUUGGGCCUUAGCCUAGCGGUCUGACAGAAACUCGUUCCUUUGUUUAUAAAGCUAACUAGACACAGAGCUAAGUUAGCGAAUAUCUAAACUUGUGUUGUCAAAACAAAAGUGCUUUUUCUCAGAGGGAAUGGAUUGGUUUCACUGUAAUAACUGUUUUUUGAGGAGAGGGAAUAACUUUGUAGUGUCCAGUUGUGGCCAUGUACUUUGUGAGAGCUGCAUCAAACCAAAUCACUGCUGCGUGUGUCAGUCCAGCUGCAGCUACCUGCCUAUAUCUGACCAGAUGAAACCUCAAGAGCAGAUGUUCUUCAAAGACCCAAUAAGCAUCAUUCAUACCCGACUGGAGCGUAUUGCACAGAUUGCGACAUUCCAGAGAAAACAGAAAGAGAGAGUCAUAGCCUUCCACAAACACAAAUUUGCGGAGAUGGAAAGAAGACUAAAGGAAGUCAGUGAGCAGUGCCACAGGCAGGUGUCAGAGCUCAGGAAGGAGAAUGCUGAACUUAAGAAGCCUCUUUCCCAGAGGAGGGUAUCCCCUGGGACGUUUAAGGCUAAUGGCAUUCCAAGAAUGACAUUACCAGUGGCUGUCACAUCCCCAGUCACGCCCCGCUCCAGGACUGUAAGUCGCUCAGGCUCUGGUGAGCCCAUGGAGAGGUUUCGACACUUCAGACCCAGCAUGGCAUCUCCGCUGGAUUCAGCCACGUCUGUUUCCUCCCUGAGUUCACUGAACGAGCAUGGAUUUAGAACACCCACCUCUGUUACCACACCAAUGAGGUCAGACCAUGUAACGCCGAACAUGUUUCAGUUCCAGUUGUUGCCUGGAGCAACAUUUCAGUCUCCCCAGCCGUGGAAUGUGUAGCGGUCAGGUAUCUAACCAAGACACGUCACAUCAGCGUGGCUGGUCGCAAACGUGACACCUGUAGAUUAGAUUUGCAGCCGCAGUGGUUUUCGUGUUCAGUUUGUAUAUCUCAGAUAAGGUGAUGGGUUUGAGUUGUGCACUUGUGCAGGUCAGAGACUGUUUGUGAAAGAUUUGAAGUAAAUGGAAAUGUGUGUGUUGUUUCUUGUUUAUAUUCCAGUGCAGUCCUAUAAAAAGGGAAAGUUUGAAAUUCAGGUUUUGUAGUUCUUAUUCUGCUUUUCUGAAGGCCAGUAGAAAUCAUGCCAGUAAGGUGUCUAAGGGUAAUUAUGAAACAGAUCCAGCAUGAGGUUCUUCAAGGGUUCCUUAGAUAGAUAGAUAGGGUUCUACGCUUUCUAAAGGGGGUUUACAUCUAACUAAAGUGGUUCUACUUGGAAUUGUUUUUCAAUUAGGGCUCUAGAUUUAUUACAGGGGUAAUAAUAAAGGGUAAUCAUUUUCUUUUCUUUUUUUUUUUUUUAAAAAUGGUUCAUUAAGUGUUAAUGGUACUUCAUUUUUACAUGGGCUCUAACUUGGAACCUUUGUUGAAACCCUCUGCUGUAGAUCUCUACACAGAGCCCUUGACUGACACACUAAAGAACCCUUUAGGGUGCUAGAUGGAGCCUUUGUUUUCCUAUGAGUUUAGGAGUAAAAAUAAAAUAACUAAUAGCCAUAUCACUCCACAAACAACUUUACACUCUAAUAAAGGGGUUCCACAGAGGUUCCACAGAGGUUCCUCAGCUAGUUAAGGGUCCUAGUCUUUGUAAAGUGGUUCUAAUUUGAACUGUUCUGCAUAGAGAAACACUGAAAGGUUCUACUUAGACAUUUUUGGACUGAAUGCUAAAAAGGGUUUUAUCUAGAGUUCUUUGAAUGGCUUCUUCCUGGAACCUUUUCUAAAAGAGAUACCUUUGGUUGUAGGGUUCUACAUAGAACCUUAUGAUCCAUUUUAAAUUAAAUUUAUAACAGCAUGCAGUAACUGAUGGGCUGCAAAUACUCUGAACCCACUGUAUACAUAGGAGUCUAGUAUACUUUUAUACAUAGGAGUCUAGUAUACCUUUAUACAUAGGAGUCUUGUAUAUUGCCAAUGUAUUGCUGCAUGAAGAGUUCUAGUUGUAAUUCCCAAAAUAAUCACUAAAAAUGUGGUUUAAUUUAAUAAUAUGACUUCAACACUCAUUAUUAGUUACCUAAUUAUCAUAAUUAUCAUAAUUACCUUCAUUAGUGCACAAACUAAUGAAGCUGUAAGAUACUAAAUCAAGGUCAUGAACUCAAAAUGUGUGCACAUGAUAUGUUUUAUCAUGCUUUUAAUUCACUAAUUUAAGUUAAUGAAUUAAUUCUAUAAUAUUUUCAGUCAUUAAAUACGCUCUCCUCUAAAGAAAAAGUUUGAAGGAUAAGCUGACCAAGCACUCAUCUGCUGUUCUUGCAGCACACUUGACGUGUUGUUCAAAUCAUUUCCAUACAAAAAAAUCCAGUUUAAAUAAGCAGUGACUCAGAUUAAGGGUUUCAGGAUGCAGUUUUACAGUUAUGUUGAAUAUCUUAUGGUGUGUCGUGAGCGUGUUGCAUUUGAAGAGUCAGCAGCAAACGUUUUUCUCGUUCUUUUGGUGUUGACUUGAAUGCUCAGUGCUAUAAAAUUGAUGGUAAACUGAACUAAUAAAAUGAACAACCUUUAAAGCAACAUAAAACAUGGCCAAUGUGUGUCACUGUAUUAGCACAUGGCUGUUUUGGUGUUAUAUCUUUUAUCAGUUUGAGGGGAAAGGAAUCUAUAUGUUGCACAAUUAUAACAUUUAAUAUAAAUAUUAAAGAGUUUGGACUUGUAUUGUUCAGGAAAUGAAAUAAUCUGGGUUUAAAGAUUGUACAUUUAUCUUAAAAACAUGAACCGCUGAAGGUAAGGAAAGAAAACACUACACUUUCAGGAUCUAAUUUUAUUUUGAUUAAAAGGCAAUUUUACAGUUUAAAACAUUAGCAGGUGCUGUGAA